UGCGCUCGCGCACGCGCAGUUUCCUGCAGACCCGGAAGCGGAUCCCGCCAGUUGCCGGGCAAUGUCUGCCUACUCAACGUGAAGACAGCAAGGAUGAUGACCUUUAUGAUGAUCUUCUACUUCAUAAGUAACUAAUCUGACCUGAGAAAGAAGCCCAGAAGAAAAGGGAAGAAAGAAAGCAGGGAAUGGCUCUCUCUCAGGGACUGUUUACAUUCAAGGAUGUGGCCAUUGAAUUCUCUCAGGAGGAGUGGGACUGCCUGGACCUCACUCAGAGGGCCUUGUACAGGGACGUGAUGUUGGAGAACUACAGGAACCUGCUCUCCCUGGGGGAGGAUAACUUCCCACCAGAAAUCGAUAUUUUUGCUGGAUUUGCAAACAAGGAGCUAUUACCAAAUGAAGAUAUUAAUAAAGCAGAAUUAUGCCAUCUUGUGAUAUUGGACAAAAAAGGAAGCCAUGGUAUCAAGGGUUUUGACCUCAAAGAAGUCUGGGAAAAUGUGCCUAAGUUUGACAGCCAGUGGAGAUACGAUGCGAGAAAUUACAAAGGAUUUUUGACCUGCAACAAAAAUCUUACUUGUAGAAAACAACAUAAUAAAUCCUCAAUUAACUUUUCUUUAAAGCAUAGUGUUUCCAUAAGAGAAACUGCAUACCAGUAUUUCAUACAUGGCAAACCAUUUAUAAGGAAUUUGUUAAAACUGAAAAAUAACAUAAGCUAUGCUGGAAACAAGUAUAUGAAGUGUUCUGAAAAUAGGAUUGGAUUAAGUUUACAGACACAUCUGGCUGAACGGCAGAGAUUUCAUACUGAGGAGAAAAUCUAUGAAUGUAAUCAAGCUGAGAAGUCAAGCAGCUGUGGUUCCUCAGUUUUACCACUUUCUCCUAGUGUCAAAAACAUUUGCAAUAAAUAUAGGAAGAUUUUAAAAUACUCUUUGUUACCUUCACAGUAUGGGAGAACACAUAUUAGAGAAAAACCAUACAAAUGUGGUGACUGUGGAAAGGCUUUUAGCAAAAGUUCAAACCUCACUAAUCAUCAGAGAAUUCAUUCUGGACAGAGACCUUACAAAUGUAACCAGUGUGGCAAAGCCUUUAACCAGUGUUCAAACCUCACUAGACAUCAGAAAGUCCAUACAGGAGAGAAACCAUAUAAAUGUAAUAUCUGUGGCAAGGUCUGCAGCCAGAAUUCAAACCUUGCAAGUCAUCAGAGAAUGCACACUGGAGAGAAGCCUUACAAAUGUAAUGAAUGUGGUAAGGCGUUUAUCCAGCGUUCACACCUUUGGGGUCAUGAGAGAAUUCAUACUGGAGAGAAACCUUACAAAUGUAAUGAAUGUGACAAGGCCUUUGCUGAGCGUUCAAGCCUUACACAACACAAGAGAAUCCAUACUGGAGAGAAACCUUACAUAUGUCAGGAGUGUGGCAAAGCCUUUAAGCAGUGCUCACAUCUCACUAGACAUCAGAAUAUACACCCUGGCGAGAAGCCACACAAAUGUAAUGUGUGUGGCAAGGCUUUUAUCCAAAGUUCAAGCCUUGUGGAACAUCAGAGAAUUCAUACAGGAGAAAAACCUUACAAAUGUAAUAAAUGUGAGAAGGCUUUUGUCAAACGUUCACACCUUUGGGGUCACCAAAGAACUCAUACUGGGGAGAAACCUUACAAGUGUAAUGAGUGUGGCAAAGCCUUUACUGAACGUUCAAAUCUUACUCAACAUAAGAAAAUCCAUACUGGAGAGAAACCUUAUAAAUGUAAUGAAUGUGACAAAGCUUUUACCCAGUUUGCAAACCUUACUAGACAUCAGAAAAUACAUACUGAAAAGAAACAUUGUAAAUAUACAUGGUAAUGCUUUUAUCCAAAGUUCAAGACCUGGAGAUCAUCAGAGAAUUCGUAGUAGAGAAAAACAUAGCAAAUAUAAUAAUAAUUGAAACAAAACUUAAACAGGGGUUGAAGCCUUACUUGAUAUCAGAAUCUUCAUUGUGAAGAGAAAUCAUAUAAAAAUAAUAUAUGUGGCAAAACCUUUAACCAGGCUCACACCUCAUUUGAUAUCAAAAUGUACAUUUUUGAGAGAAACCACUCAAAUAUAAUGUGCAUGGCAAGCCUUAUCCAAAGUUCAAAUCUUGUGAAAUAUCACAGAAUUCUUAUUGUAGAGAAACCUUACAAAUAUAAUGAAUGUGAUCAGCUUUAUACAAAUUGUAUACCUUUGUGGUUAUGAUAGAUUGUAUUUAGGAUGAAAUCCAUACAAAUGUGGCAAGGCUUAAACAAUGAACUGACUUCAGGAUACACUAAAGAAUUCAUAUUGGAGAGAAACAUUACAAAUG